AUGCCACCUUCUUCUAUAUAUUAUUCUUAUAACAAGACAAAGUUUGAGGCUAUACUUAUUUUAUCUUUCCAGCAUAUGCUAUCUUUUCAUUAUUUGAGAUUUGGUCUAAGAUGUGACCUUGCAUACCAUAAUGCCCGACUCUUGAUUAGCAUUAGCAUUAAUUUAAGAAAAGCUCCUGAUAAGCCCAAGGGCUACUCAUCUCCAUAUCAUUGAAUCGCUUCUUGCCAGUCCGGAAUUAUUAAUAUGAUGGCGAAGAACUGUUUCGAGCCAGGGUGUAUGAAUGAGGUUGGGCAUGCUCAUGCAAACUUGCCUAACCGAGCUCAUAAUCUUGACUCAAUUUUUAUGCAGCCUUAUGAAGGGACAAAAGAAGCAUUUCUUGAAUUCAUUGAUUGCUAUUUCAUGCUGUAA